AAGUUCAAUUUAUAAUUUCUGAACCACCUGCCAAAGUAAAACAUAACCAAAUUUGAGAAGUGAAUAAAUAAGACGAGUGCAAAUAUGGAGGAAGAUAUGGUUUUUGAUCCUUCCUUGAAGAAAAAGAAGAAGAAGAAGACUGGUUUUGACAUAGAAGCGGCAUUGGCUGGUGAAACCAAAACAACUGAUGCGCCUGUCGAAACAGGUGACGUCGACGUACCUGAAGAUGAUAGCCUGGAUUUGGAUAACUUUGGUAAAAAGAAGAAGAAAAAGAAAACUUUCUUCAACUUAGAAGAGCUAGAGAGUGCAUUACCGGAAUCAAAGGAUAAAAAACCCCCUGCUGAGGAACCUGAACAGCAAGAGGAAGAAAUUAUGGAUGAUUUAGAUCUGGACAUUGAUUUCACUAGAACUAAAAAGAAGAAGAAGAAGCGAAACUUGGAUGAAAUCGUUGCCGAAGAGGAUGUGAAAACGGAAGAUCAAGAAAAAGGUGAUGAUUUGCAAGAUGAUUGGUUUGGCAGUGAUCGUGACUAUACAUAUGAUGAAUUACUUGAAAGAGUUUUUGAUAUAAUGCGGGAAAAGAAUCCUAGUAUGGUUUCGGGUAAGAAGCAAAAGUUUAUAAUGCGACCUCCACAAGUAGUGAGAAUUGGAACCAAGAAAACAUCAUUUGCUAAUUUUACGGAAAUAUGCAAAACACUGCAUCGGCAGCCUAAACAUUUAUUAGAUUUUCUUCUUGCUGAGUUAGGUACAAGUGGCUCAGUAGAUGGAAACAGUCAAUUGAUCAUUAAAGGUAGAUUCCAGCAAAAACAAAUUGAGAAUGUGCUUCGUCGUUAUAUUAAAGAAUAUGUCACAUGUCAUACAUGUCGUUCACCAGACACAAUUCUACAAAAAGAUACACGCUUAUUCUUCCUCCAGUGUGAGACUUGUGGGUCUCGAUGCUCAGUUGCAAGUAUCAAAUCUGGUUUCCAAGCUGUCACUGGAAAGAGAGCUGCCAUGCGUGCAAAGACUGCAUAGAAUAUUAGUGCUUAGUGAUAAUCAAUUAAAUCUUCAUUAUGGGGUACAUACAGGAAAAUUCUCUUCUGUGUUAUAUAUAGUAUAAUUAAGUAUUAUUUUCAGUCAUCUGUUUGUUGUGGGGUGCUUUGAAGUUUACAUAUUAAUAAGAUAAUAAUAUUGUAAACCAUUUGAUAGUCAUUAAACCUGAUUCAUUUUUUGACUGUUAUUUUACAGACUUAUGGAAAAAUUGUUUGCUGUAUUGUUUUCUAUUAAAUCAUGUGUACCCUUCUGAUGAAAAACAAUUUAAUAGAUUAAUAAAUUGAAACAAACAUGUUAUAUUUAUGAUAUAGGAUAGAUUUGUGUGUUAUUUAUAUAAAACAUAUUGAUUGCUUAUUGUGUAGCUUAAUAAAAUAAUUGAAUUUCUGCAUGUACCCCAAACAUAUACAAUGUAUAGCUCACUAAUGUAAUAUUCUCAUUGGUACACAAUAUUUUUA